CCGCCCCUCCUUCUCAUCUUCCUCCUCCUCCCCUUCAUCCCUCCCCCCACUCCUCCUCCCGCCGGAGCGAGCGAGCGAGAUGGCGGCCGCCGGGUCGCUGGCGAAGCACGAGCAGAUCCUGGUGCUCGAUCCGCCCACCGACCUCAAAUUCAAAGGUCCCUUUACAGAUGUAGUAACUACAAAUCUUAAACUACGAAAUCCAUCAGAGAGAAAAGUAUGCUUCAAAGUGAAGACCACAGCGCCUCGUCGAUACUGUGUGAGGCCGAACAGUGGAAUUAUUGACCCUGGAUCAUCUGUAAUUGUUUCAGUAAUGCUGCAGCCUUUCGACUAUGACCCAAAUGAGAAGAGUAAACACAAGUUUAUGGUACAAACAACCUAUGCACCACCAAAUAUUUCAGAUUUGGAGGCAGUGUGGAAAGAAGCAAAGCCUGAUGAGUUAAUGGACUCCAAAUUAAGAUGUGUGUUUGAAAUGCCCAAUGAAAAUGAUAAACUGAAUGAUAUAGAUGCAAGCAAACCUGCCCCAGUACUGAAUACAUCUAAGCAGGAUGGACCGAUGCCAAAACCCCAUAGUGUUUCACUUAAUGAUACUGAAACAAGGAAGCUAGUGGAGGAGUGCAAAAGACUUCAAGCAGAGGUUAUGAAGCUGACGGAUGAAAAUCAGCACCUGAGAGAUGAAGGCUUGAGGCUCAGAAAGGUAGCGCACUCGGAUAAAUCUGGAUCACCCACAGCUUUGGCCCUCAGAGAUAAUGGCUCUAAUUCUCUUCCUUCACUUCUUGUCGUAAUUGCAGCCAUUUUCAUUGGAUUCUUUCUAGGGAAGUUCAUCUUGUAGAAAGAAUGAGUGAGAAGCAUGCAAAAUGCAGCUUCCUUUUUUUUUUCGUUUCUCUCCAUUUUUUUUUUUUUUCCUUGGCCAGGUAAAGAUUUGUUUACCUACCACUUCAUUGGUAGUAUGGCCCAAGUGGCCAUUUUUGUGUACAGCAUCAUAACAGGCUUCGCCUUUAAUGAUCUCGCACGGUUAGAAAACACAAUCUUGAAAAGACAAACUGUUCGGCUACUGGACAAAAUUGUACAUUAUGUCAUCAAUAGCAGGUGUCAGUUGCACAGUCAGUCCUUUAUGAAAAUUCAUAAAUAAAGAAUUGUUCUUUCUUUCUGUGGUUUUAAUAAGAAUUCAAAAAUUGUUCAGAGUCUUGUAAAUGUUAUUUUAAUAAUACUUUAAAAUUUUAUCUGUUGCUGUUACCUCUUGAAAAAUGAUUUAUUAAAUUGCUAAUCCCACUCAUUCAGGAAUAUGACAAGAGGUAUUCUGGGGAAAAUGGUGCCUCUUACUGUGUAAAUUUUCUCCUUACCUUACUUUGCUAAUAUCAUGGCAGAAUUUCUUUCUUAUUCCUUGUGAGGCAUUGUUGAGAGUUCUUCACCGUUACAAUCUUGUCCCAUAAUAUUUAACAUUACAAAAGAAAUAAAAUUGUUAACAGAUUUUUCUUCUGGGUAGCCUGUUUGUGUGUGUCAUACUUUUAGAAGGGAUUCCUAACAAUUCAUUGUUUAUGGUAAUUUGCUGCUUGUAACAAAUGGAUAUUUUGGAGUUUAUUUGCUUAAGUCUCUGGCUUAGACUGUUGUAAUUGAAGCUUGGUGGGUGGGGAAAAAUGUUUCCAUUCUAUUUGUUUCAAAAAAAAUAAACUUUUCUGGCUGGUUUCAGCUACAGAGAGGAUGGUUAUCAGACUUGCUCUGAGACAGAAUAAUUUGCGUAUCAAGCAGGUACAAAUAUCAGACAUGAAUGUUUUCAAUAUAGCAACAAUUUGCUUGGAUUGUGUGGGAGUGUAAUAAUCAACCUUCUGUUCCAUCUUUGGGUUUUCUGAGUGUCUUCCAGGAGUCAAAGUUAUUCUUUGAUUUCAUAAGGGUACUCAAUUGACAUACACUAACUUGCUCAGUUUGUAGUUCUGUUUUACCUGGUAUUCGAAAAUGCAAGUUGAAUCAUUUGGACACCCAUAGUGAAUUCCAUGUUGUGGGAUAGUUGAUACUUGCUGAGUGAGCCUCAGUUGCUUACCUUUAGAAAACUAAAACCACUUUAUGCAACUCUUGGCAGAUCUGCCUGUGUUAACAAUGUACAGCUAAGUUUUAAAGAAUGCAUUUGGGGAGGGAUCUGAAUUGCUUCCCUGCACUUAAUUUUAUGUCUUGUCUCAUCUCUGAAUAUGUCAGAAAACCAAACAAUAGUAUUGCAACAAAAUAUUACCUGUACUUCUGAUUUAGCGUAAUCCAAUACAGGAAAUUACUUGUAAACUUGAAAAAUUGUGGAAGGGAUAUACUCCUGUAAGCAAAACUGUAUGCUCUUGGACAGCUUGACUUGAUGUGGUGCAGCUAAGUGUGUUAGACCUUGGUAUAAGCACACCUUAUGUAGCUGAGAAAAAAUGUUCUGGAGAAGGUGUACGUUAUCUUGAUUGCCUUUGAUUUCUAGUGCUUUUUU